AUGCGCCACAACGAGGCUGCUUCUUGGUGGGUGCCUCAGCCUCCGACAAUAUCACUCUAUGAAUUACCAUCAGUCGGUACAUUUGAUGGGCUACACAGCGUCGUGAUCACGUGGGAAUUGCCGUUAUUCAGGAUAGUGAAAAGCGAAACCAUCACCACGGACUUCAUUGUGCAGAAGUUGGAGGAAUUUCAAGACGAAUACGGCGAUGUCUUUUGUCCUCACUUGGACCGAAACGGUAUCACCUCUCAACUACUUAGGGCUCUCGAUCCCGGGCACUGUGGCUGCCCGGGUAGGGGUAGCCGAAUCGGGCGUCUCAUUGCCUGCGACGAGGCCCGAUGGGGGACUCGAGACUGUAGAAGGGCGGUAGUUCGAGAGAGUGGUGCGGAGCUCUUGCCAUAUAGCGAAAAUAGAGUACGCUCUAGGGUAUGCCCGAGUUGGUACAGAUGGGAAAGAGUCGGUCGUCGGAUAUUUUUAUCCCGCUCUUCUGAAGAUUGCAUCAGGAAGACUGAUCAGGAAUUUUGGUCUAGUCCGUUAGCUACGUUGCUGGAUCCUGAGUCUUGCAGUCCUGAAUCGGAUCAUGAAACGAAGCAUCUCUUUUGGUGCGAAGACGCAAACUGUAGAGACGGUAAAGACUGGAUUGCGUACUCUAAAGCAUUCUAA